AUGGGCGGACUCAUGGGCGGACUCAUGGGCAGACUCAUGGGCGGACUCAUGGGCGGACUCAUGGGCGGACUCAUGGGCAGACUCAUGGGCGGACUCAUGGGCGGACUCAUGGGCAGACUCAUAGGAGAACUCAUGGGCGGACUCAUAGGCGGACUCAUGGGCGGUCUCAUGGGCGGACUCAUGGGCGGAUUCAUGGGCGGACUCAUGGGCGGACUCAUGGGCAGACUCAUGGGCGGACUCAUGGGCAGACUCAUGGGCGGACUCAUGGGCGGACUCAUGGGCGGACUCAUGGGCAGACUCAUGGGCGGACUCAUGGGCAGACUCAUAGGCGGACUCAUAGGCGGACUCAUGGGCGGACUCAUGGGCGGACUCAUGGGCAGACUCAUGGGCGGACUCAUGGGCGGACUCAUGGGCAGACUCAUCACAGAAGACAACAAAAUGAAUGCAGGCCUGCCUUCACGUUGU